AUGUUUUCUAGAAUAAGCACAUCCAAACAGGCUAUCGCUUCAAUUACCAGGAAACAUAUAAAAUUGGACUCAUACAAAAGAUACAAUUCAUCCCAUAGCCAACAUGACCAUCAUCAUUCACCAAAAGAAGAAAAACCAUUUGAAAUAACAAUAACUAAAAUAUUUGGAAUAGCUGCCAUAUUAGGAGGUUUGUUGAUGUACAGAUCCAAAGAUAAAACAGAUGAACCUCUUUUUAAACUGGGAUUAUUUGAACAAGAAACGAAUGGAGCAAGAAGUCAUUUAAGAGAUCAAGCUUUUGAAAAUAGAUAUAAAAUUGGAUUUAUAAAAACAUUUAUAUUAGAUAAUGAAGGUUUGGGAAAUCAAAUGUACAGAAGAACUAGUGGUGAAGAAAUUUUGAAUAAUAAUUUAAUUGGUGCACAUUCUCCUUUUGGACAACAAUAUGGUGCUGGUAUUAAACUAAAUGAUUUAAGUUCCAGAAGACCUAGAAUUGAAAGAUUUGCUCCACUUGAAAGUAAAUAA